AUGAGUAAAGAUAAUGAAGAUAAUGAUCCAUAUACCUUUGAAUUUCACGAAUUAUUGCCAAAAUCAAGGAUGAAAUUGAGAUCAUUAUGUUCUGAAUGGACAAUGGUCCAUACUAAUGCUAACAAAGUACAUAAUGUUUUUGGUGAUGCAAGUAAAAAAGUUCUCCCUAUACCUGCUGUUAUCGAUAAUUACAACCAUCAUAUAGGUGGUAUAGAUAUAGCCAACCAAUUAAGGAGUUAUUAUGGUACACAAGUACCUGUACAUCACAUUUGGGUGCCAUUAUUUUUUUGGCUUCUUGAUACUAGUAUCGUUAAUACCUUUAUUAUUUCAAAAACUCUCAACUUUGUUGUGCUAUACAAAGAUUUUAUAAUAAAUUUAGUAUGGAGUUUAAUUGAAGAAUCAUUGGAAAUGAACCAAAAAUUACAUACACAAAGAAAAAAUGUAAUGAUUCAAUCAGAAUUACACAAUCAAAGUUCUGAAAAAAGACCAUUUUAUGUUACAAAAAAGUUCAAUUUACCUAUUGAAUGA